UCAGGACUUGAACUCCCUUCCAUCGUGGGCUGUGGAGUUAAACUUGUAGUGGGACGGAGAUGCAGGAUCUUAUCCACACCACACAGCGACCAGAUACCUGAUCGUGCUUGGAUGGAGUGGCGAAACCCGAUCGCCUGAUGUGCUGCCUGCAACUCAGAGGAGUGACUUAUCAGGACGCGUUAAAAAUGUCUUCUUCCUCGAGCGAGGUCAUUAGUGCCGAUGUGACCAAGAGGGAGAGCGCAAGGGCACUGGAGAAUCGUGGGAGUGUCAAGCUGUCAGUGCUGGACCUCGCGGAGUUGUCCAUGGAGAAUGCAACUUCAGCCAUCGAUGCGGUCCGUUCCGAACUUUUGGACUGCACACCGUCCUCGCUGGCCUUCUCUCCCGAGCAGGUGGCGUGCGUCUGUGAAGCGCUGCUGCAGGGUGGGAACGUGGAGCGCCUGUCUAGGUUCCUCUGGUCACUGCCGCAGAGUGACCUGCUGCGGGGCAACGAGAGCAUCCUGAAAGCGCAAGCGAUUGUCGCUUUCCACCAGGCCCGCUUCCAUGAGUUCUACAGCAUUUUGGAGAACCACAGUUUCAGUCCGUCAAAUCACCCGUCUCUGCAGGAUAUGUGGUACAAGGCGCGUUACACCGAAGCGGAGAAGGCGCGGGGCAGACCGCUGGGUGCCGUGGACAAGUAUCGCUUACGCAGAAAAUAUCCCCUGCCUCGGACUAUAUGGGACGGGGAGGAGACCGUGUAUUGUUUCAAAGAGAGGUCUAGGAAUGCGCUGAAGGAUAUGUAUAAACAAAACCGGUACCCAUCUCCAGCCGAGAAACGCAAUCUCGCCAAAAUCACAGGACUUUCCUUGACUCAGGUCAGCAACUGGUUCAAAAACAGGCGACAGAGAGACCGAAAUCCAUCCGAGGCGCAGUCAAAAAGUGAGUCAGAUGGCAAUCACAGCACUGAAGAUGAGUCCAGUAAAGGCCAAGAGGACUUGUCACCAUGUCCUCUGUCCAGUGGCUCUUCAAGCUCAGCUGUACAUGGAACAGCCCCCUCUACAGUUUACUCAGAUGGAGGAACAACAGUCAUCCAGCAAAUCGGAGAUGUUAAAAUGCCCACACACUCGGCUGGAAUAAUGAGUUUUAAUGGUGACCUUGCAAGUUCGAAUGCUAACUACAUCAACGGUGGAGCCUAUGUUCAGUCACAUGGGAACAAUGCUCUCCUGAAUGGACUCUGUGCCACAGGUGGCCAUUUCUUGACCUUUGACCCCCAGAGGGUCUCCCAUCACAGCCAGGAGAGGCUGUUGGGUGGGUCCUCAGUGUCCUAUGCAUCUUAUUCAGUGGGGGUUUCAGAAACUGGGUCUGGAAAGCUGGAGAGCAUGCAAACUCUAGUUUCCAAUGCUGAAAAUGGAGUAAACUCUUCAGUGGUCUCUUUUGCCUCUGCCCCUUCCACGCCCGCCACUACCUCAGGAGCACAUCAUCUCAGCAGUUACAGUGUGGUCAAUCUUCCUGGAACUGAAUCCACCAUGGGUCUUCCUCCUCUAAUGAUGCCUCCAUCCUCCACAUCAUCUUCUCACGGCUCUGCUCCUUUGGGCAAUGAGGUCAGUGACUCUUCCCAGCACUCGAGCCAAACACUGCUCUACACCCAGACUGUCAAGCAGGAGCCUUUGGAUGUGGCUGGAAGCUACACCUAUCCUUCUGAAAUGUCCCUGGACCAAGGCAGCAACCUGGGCUACACAGCCUCCCUUUUCCUUUCUUCAAAUCUUGGCUCAUCUUCCUCCAGUGGCAGCUCUCUUCCCCCUACUGUGACAGCUUCGGUUGCCUCUACCCUCUCCAGCACAGAGGUCCACCACUCUCUGAAUCAAGCUAGAUGUGGCCUCCAGGAGGUCAAUGGAGCCCUGUCUUCAAACUACAGGUCCCAAGAUGUCCAGUUGCCCCUGUCCAACAGCCUGCAUAUCCCUGCCAGGGCAGGAGAGGGCCCGAUCAGGGUUGUUUGUGUAGAUCUGGACAUGGAGGGUAAAGAGCUGGCCAAGCUGCAGACUGUACAAAUGGAUGACGAUGGCAGUCACCUCUGACUUGUGGUAUGAUGUCAUUAGUAGUGAAGAGCUGCAUUUCAUUUGCGCUGGACUGGUUUUGUUGCACCACACUGUGGCCUAAUAAAAGGGACCCCAUAAGCACAAAUCUUUCUUAAACAUUUGACCACUAAUGGUGUAACAAAUAUGAAUAGUGCCUUUCUGUCCUCAGAUAUCCCAACUUGCACUAAGAGGGCUGCAAAAUGUACCAGGGAAUGUACCAGGGACCUUUUGAAGAUUAUUUAUCUGCACCAUCUUUACUCUCACCUAUAAAAACGUCAAAAGAAAGACCUGUAAAAGCACAACAAAAAUGUGCACUGAAUCCAAAUUCAGAAACUGCAGCUUUACACUGAUUAUUUCUUAGAACACGAUUUUAUGAAAGCACAGAUGUGUGUUUUUGUUGUUGAUGGUCUUUUUAUUUAAAUUCUUUGAGUGUGAUGAUACAAAUGUGAUAAAGUUAUUUUGUUAUGUUUGCCUUUUGAGUUUUAUGUUACAGAAUGUUUGAUUUAAACUUAAAUGCCUCUUUCUACACAUCCCAAUGUGGACUUUGUUCUUUGUUCUAUAAUCCUGACCAUUAGAGCAACUGGUCUUAUGUACCUUCCUCAUAAACUGUCAACAUGCAAGGAAGAAAUAAGUUCUAAACUAGACGAUCCUCUUCUUCCUCCAGUGUUUGCAAGACUUCAUCUAAAGUAGCGAGUGAGUGUAUGUUUUUCUGUGUUGUGUGGCAACUGUCUUAAAAUGAUUUGGCCAUGUUCAGAUCUGUACUUAAGAUUCGCAUUUGAUAUUUCUUUUAGCAUUAGAAAAGGCCCAGUGCUGAAUUCACUCAUCCUCGAAGGACAAGUGAAAUAUACGGACUCCAAACCUGAGUUCUGCACAUAUGGCAAGAAUCACAAGAAAACUUAAAACAUCAGUCCUUCCUGAAAGAAACCUAUUUUUCUAAACCCUUCCACCCUAUUAAAUAUUUAUAUUUGUACAUAUAUAAUUAAUGAUCCGUGGGUUGUCUAUGUCACUGACACCAGUGUUUUACAUUAGAGCCCUUAGCCUGAUAAUUCAAUCAGUAAAGGGAAUGACAUCACUUUCAAUUAAUCAUGUCUUAUUGGAAGCACCAGGUAAGAUGGCUAUGUGUUUUUAACCAAUGGCAGGUGUGAUGUCAGUCGUAAUGAUAUCCAAGGCACUCACCAUUUAAGAAGAUUAGGCUACAACUUGGACCCCCAGAGAGUUGUCUGUGAUCUCAUACAUUAUAAAUGCAUGGAUGUACGCAUAUUCAGCAUGAUGGAGAUCAAGUUUAUGUUCUCACCAGGGGCGUCCUCUAUGAUCGCUUGCCAAAGCCUGGCAGCUGAACACCCCCACUCACUCUUAAAGUGUCAUGUGGUACCUGUCAUUACUAAAAGUAAAGGUCAUCCAACAAGGCAGAGUAUAUGAAGAGAAGUUACAUAUCCUUAUUAGAUUUCCUGAAACUUCCUCACAUGACCUAGCAGGAAUAGACUUUUGGAUCGGAGUCCAGGGUAAAAUCAGAGCCAUCAUUUGGUAGUUUAUGAAAGAGUGAUAAGAGAUAUACUGAAUGCUCAGAUAUAAUUUUUAUUUGACAGAAUGCAGGGUAGGUUCAAGUACACACUUUAUGCUUGCACAUCUUGAAAGCGGAUUUAAUUAAAUUAAUGAGUUUAGUCUAGAAUGCAUAUUUUGAUUGAAUAAGUAAGUGUGAGAGUGGGAUUUGGGACUAUACAAAGUGUGUUUACUGUCGUGGGAACAUUUCCUUCUCUUGACGCACAGUUGUCUUCACCAGGCUAUGUGAGUCAGUGCUAAUUGAAUGGCGCCUAGGUAGGAUUUGCUCACUUGCACAAAGGAGAGGACAAAAAAGCACAUUGGGUAAAGAAUCUAUUGUUACCUGCCCAAAGGUGACCCUGUCGCCUAGGGCACUAGAUUAGCUGAUUGCCAGGUAUCAGAUGGCGCCUCCUGGAAUAUUGAAGGGUAAGAAAGCACUAUUGUCUGGGGCUUUGUGCAUAGAAAUGUUGGCCUGCAAAAAAGAGAGACAUGUGUGUUUCAUGUCCCCCAUUUCCCCUUGGCUGAUACAAUAUGUGUCACUGCAGUGUGUUUUAUGGGAAGCGGUAUUAUGUUGCUUUUCUUUAUUAUUUAAAUACAUAUGUCAUCCCAUCCAUAGGCGGAAAUCGCGGGGGGGUCGGGGGGGUCAGGACCCCCCCAUUUGAGGGUUGUCCCCCCCUAAAAUAUUAUUAAAAUAUGUGUAUUGUAAAUAAUAUAAUGAUAUAUUCUUAAAAUAAUUGUUUAAGAAAUAAAAUGAUACAAAUGCAAAUGGGGCAACAACAAACAACCCCUUGGUGUCCCCUUCAAAAAUUGCUCUGAUAAUUGUUAUGU